CUGUUCCGAUUAUUUCUUAUCCAUGCUGUAUCCUGCUCUUGGGUCUUGCGACUUGCGAUUCGAAAGAGGAGUCUCUGAUAUAUUACAUAAUUCGGCGUAAUUGUUAUACACUAUAAAUUCGAAACAGCCAACAUGUCGCAACCAUUUCGACCCAUGAAGUAUCCAUACACGCUGACCGCGAAGGCCGCUCAGUUUCCCUACAAGUACUACAUAAAGCACAGUUGGCUGUAUAAAUAUAUGCUAAUCGGCACGCUCGUAGCGUUCCCCAUAUUUUAUAAAAUUCAAAGAUUAUCGUACUCUCCUGAGAACGUUGCGAAAUGGAAGAAAAUUCAUGACGAGAUGUUCCACGGUCCUCCAGGUCCCCAUCAUUGAAGUAGAGAUGCAAUCGUUAAACCAAAUUAAAUGUUAAAAACAAACAUGUGUAAGAGAGAAAGGAAACCCUGUAAUCUUUUCUCUGUUCAAUUAGAGGAAAUAAAUCUUUAAUCUGUA